UGGAGAAACAAAAUUCUUAGAAACUUUUUGUUGAUCCUUCUUCUUUACCCAUUCAAAAUAAUCAAACCUGCCCAUUUUCACCGUCUUUAAUCAAAUCAAUCAAUUCCGAGACUAUGGCGACGACCACCGCAAAACCGCAGCGAUCGCCUGAGGAAAUCGAGGACAUAAUCCUACGCAAAAUCUUCCUUGUAACCCUAAUAGAUUCAAUGGGGAACGAUACACGAGUUGUUUACUUGGAGAUGACGGCAGCUGAGAUUUUAAGCGAAGGCGGUGAACUGAGACUUUCUAGGGAUGUGAUGGAACGAGUUCUUGUUGAUCGUCUAUCAGGUAAUUUCACUUCUGCGGAAACCCCUUUCCAGUACCUAGUUGGGAUUUAUCGUCGCGCAUAUGAAGAAGGGAAGAAAAUCGCUAAUAUGAAAGAUAAAACAGUUAGGGCUCAGAUGGAGUUAGUUGUAAAUCAAGCGAAGAAAUUAGCAGUGUCCUAUUGUAGAAUUCACUUAGGUAACCCCGAUAUGUUCGCCGAUUCCCAAAGAGAUAAAUCGAAUGUUUCUCCAUUGUUGCCUUUGAUUUUCUCUGAAGUUUCUAGUUCCAUUGAUACUUUUGGUGGUGGUAGUAGUGGUGGUGCCUCUUCUCCUCCUGGUUUUUUGGAUGAGUUGUUUAGGGAUUCAGAUUACGAUUCCAUGGAAACGAUCUUGAAGCAGUUGUAUGAGGAUUUGAGAGGAACUGUACUCAAGUGUUCUGCUCUUGGAAACUUUCAGCAGCCAUUGAGGGCUUUGAUGUACUUGAUAAGUUUUCCAGUUGGUGCUAAAGCUUUGGUGAAUCAUCAAUGGUGGAUUCCCAAAGGUUUUUUCAUAAAUGGCCGUGCUAUUGAGAUGACAAGCAUCUUGGGUCCUUUUUUUCAUAUCAGUGCUCUUCCCGAUCAAAGUUUUUACAAGAGUCAGCCUGAUGUUGGCGAGCAGUGUUUUAUGGACUCAUCAACAAGACGCCCUGCUGACCUUUUAUCUUCAUUUGCAACUAUCAAAUCUGUCAUGAACAAUUUAUACGAUGGAUUGGCAGAAAUUCUUAGGUCUCUUUUAAAGAACACAAACACACGAGAGAAUGUGCUCCAAUAUAUUGCAGAAGUGAUCAACAAAAAUGCAUCAAGGGCUCAUAUCCAGGUUGAUCCUAUGUCUUCUGCAAGUUCAGGCAUGUUUGUGAACCUUAGUGCUGUUAUGCUUCGAUUGUGUGAACCUUUCUUGGAUGCAAAUUCAACAAAGAAAGACAAAAUUGACCCUAAAUAUGUCUUUUAUGGUUCUCGUUUGGAUUUCAAAGAACUAACUGCUCUUCAUGCAUCUUCGGAAGAAGUUACUGAAUGGUUAAACAAAAACAAGCCAAAUAAUGAAGAAAACAGGUUGCUUCAGUCUCAAGAAACAACAAACUUCAAGCAUCUUGUCCAGGAUAUUCAAAGAUGUGAAGAUAAUUUAGCAACCUUGAAAACCAUGCAAGAGCAAACACCUUCCCCUCGAGUGGCUCAGGAAAUUGCUCGACUUGAGAAGGAAAUUGAAACGUUAACACAGGAGAAAUUAUGUUAUGAAGCUCAGAUACUGAGGGAUGGAGGACUACUUCAACAGGCAUUAUCUUUCUAUCAGUUAAUGGUGGUUUGGUUAGUGAGUCGAAUUGGUGGUUUCAAAAUGCCUUUACCUCAAUCUUGCCCCAUGGAAUUCGCAUGUAUGCCUGAACACUUUGUGGAAGAUGUUAUGGAAUUGCUUAUUUUUGCUUCUAGAAUCCCACGUGCUUUAGAUGGUGUCAAAUUGGAUGAUUUUAUGAACUUUAUUAUCAUGUUCAUGGCAAGUCCAGAGUACAUUAGGAAUCCUUAUCUAAGAGCCAAAAUGGUUGAAGUCUUGAAUUGUUGGAUGCCUUGUAGGAGUGGCUCAUCGUCUGCUACUAGUACACUUUUUGAGGGGCACCAACUCUCUGUUCAGUAUCUUGUGAAGAAUCUUUUGAAACUCUAUGUUGAUAUUGAGUUCACAGGAUCCCACACUCAGUUUUAUGACAAGUUUAACAUCCGCCAUAACAUUGCUGAACUUCUAGAAUACCUUUGGCAAGUCCCUGUCCACCAAAAUGCUUGGAAACAGAUUGCGAAAGAAGAGGAAAAGGGUGUUUACUUGAACUUUUUGAACUUUUUAAUCAACGAUAGCAUCUUUCUUCUUGAUGAAAGUCUGAACAAGAUUCUUGAGCUUAAAGAGCUUGAAGCUGAAAUGGCUAACACAACUGAAUGGGAACAAAGAUCAGCACAAGAAAGACAGGAGAGAACUAGACUUUUCCACUCUCAAGAAAAUAUUAUUAAGAUUGACAUGAAGUUAGCCAUGGAAGACGUGAGCAUGCUUGCUUUCACCACUGAGCAAAUCACAGCCCCUUUCCUCUUACCCGAAAUGGUUGAAAGAGUUGGCAGUAUGUUGAAUUAUUUCCUGUUACAGCUUGUGGGCCCUCAAAGAAAAUCAUUGAGCCUAAAAGAUCCUGAAAAAUACGAGUUUCGCCCAAAGCAAUUGCUUAAACAGAUUGUCAACAUAUAUGUCCAUCUGGCAAGGGGCGAUCACGAGAAUAUUUUCCCAUCUGCCAUUACAAAAGAUGGACGUUCCUACAACGACCAGUUAUUUACGGAAGCUGCAAAUGUUCUUAGAAGAAUCGGUGAAGAUCCAAGAAUGAUACAGGCGUUUGAUGAUUUAGGUAAAAAAGCUAGAUCUGCAGCAUCGGAAGCCAUGGAUGCUGAAGCUAUUUUGGGAGAUAUUCCAGAUGAAUUUCUUGAUCCAAUCCAGUACACUCUGAUGAAAGAUCCAGUCAUUUUACCAUCUUCAAGAAUCAUAGUAGACAGACCCGUGAUUCAGAGGCAUCUUCUCAGUGAUCCUACGGAUCCGUUCAAUCGAUCACAUCUUACACCGGACAUGUUGAUUCCAGACACAGAGUUGAAACAAAAAAUAGAAGAAUUUGUGAGGUCACAACAAAGGAAGCAAGAAGAUCUGAGCAUGCAAAGCAGCUCCAAAUCUUCUAUUCAAUCACCAGAUGCUACAAGUACAAGGCCUUUAAUUGAUUGAUUAGACUCUAGUUUUAGAGUUUGUAAUUUCUUGUAUCUAUUAUUAGCAUCUCGUUGGUUGGUUGUUUGGUAUUACUCAAAACAGGUUUUUUUUUUUUU